ACCGUUAGCGGCCUCCCUCCUCCUCCUCCUCCCCCUCCUCCCCCUCUCAGGCCCUCCUGCUCUCUGCCCGGCCGGGCUCUGCAGGCGGAUCCGGAUCAGCGCAGGCCGUCCGGUCGGUGUGUGUCGGCUCACGGAGCUGCAGGGAGAGAACCAGGCGGCAGGAUGUACGCUGAGUUCUGAGCACCGAGCGGCCCCGCGGGGAUCUGCGGCAGCAGGUGGGCGGUGUCUGUCUGCAGAUCACCUGAGAUCCGAGAGGCUCCUCGGCGCCGGCCCUCCCUGCCAUCCCUCCCGCCGCUGUGGGGUUUUAAAACAAUUCAGUUUGCCCGCCGUUGUCCAGUUUCGCAGGAUCUUUUAAUUGUCUGGGAAAAUGAGCGCCUACACCGUGUCCCUGCCCGGACCCGGACCCUGGGGCUUCAGGCUGCAGGGGGGGAAGGACUUCAACAUGCCGCUGACCAUCUCCAGGAUCACUCCGGGCAGCAAGGCGGCGCAGGGUAACCUGGUCCAGGGAGACAUCAUCGUGGCCAUCGAUGGCGUCAGCACCGAGGGGAUGACUCACCUGGAGGCCCAGAACAAGAUCAAGAUGGCCAACUACAACCUGGCACUCACCAUGAGCAAGUCGAAGCGUCCCGCCCCGAUGAUGACCCCGAGAAUCGAUGCCGGCGCUGUUCCCAUCAUCCCCCAUCAACAGGUUUUCUCCCCCGUUCCUCCCAAUGCCGGCUUCAGCCCCGCUGCCCUGGACACCGCCCUCUCCACCCACAAGCCCAUAGAGGUGAAGGGCCCCGGUGGCAAGGCCACCAUCAUCCACGCCCAGUACAACACGCCCAUCAGCAUGUACUCGCAGGACGCCAUCAUGGACGCCAUCGCAGGACAGACACAGGGGAAGGGGCACGAGGCUGGCCUGAAGCGCCAGUCAGCAGCUGGUUACAGCCUCCAGCACAGAGCUGCAGUUUCCAGUCAGUAUGGUCAGCCUCCUGCCAUGCAUCAGGCUCCACAAGCCCCGCCUCCACAGCACUAUCAGCCUAUCCCGCAGCAGUACCAGCAGCCCCCCACGCAGCAAAGUUCCAUUCAGAUCCCUGUUGGCUCCGCCCCUCCCAAGGUGGUCAGCACUGCUUGCAUCUACCCCUCCCACCCAGCUGCUGCUCCUGCUGCAGCUCCUGCUCCAGCUCCACCUCAGCACCGCCCUCCAGCUGCCGCUCCGGGCCCAGUCCCGGCCCCGGGCCCAGUCCCGGCUCCAGCUCCGGCCCCGGGCCCAGCUGCUCCUGCCUCCUCAAACAGACCCCCCUGGGUGGCUGACCCAAACUUCGCUGAUAAGUUCGACCCUGGUAAGAUGAGCACCACCACCAUGAAGGUGCCGCCGCUGCCCCAGGCCGCCCCUCCUCCACCGUCAUACAUCCCCAACCCCUCCCCUGCUGCUCCUGCAGCUCCCAGCCCCGCCCCCAUCACACCAAGCCCCGCCCCUUUCUCUCCUGUGGCGAGGGGUGUGGCCCAAAGGGCGGAGAGGUUUGCCGCCAGCAGCCGCACACCUCUGUGUGGGGCCUGCAACAGUGUCAUCAGGGGCCCCUUCCUGGUGGCCCUCGGUCGGUCCUGGCACCCCGAGGAGUUUAACUGUCACUACUGCCACAUGUCCCUGGCUGACGUCAGCUUCGUGGAGGAGCAAAACAGCGUCUACUGUGAGAACUGCUACGAGGAGUUCUUUGCUCCGACUUGCGCCCGCUGCAACACCAAGAUCAUGGGGGAAGUGAUGCACGCUCUGCGGCAGACGUGGCACACCACCUGCUUCGUGUGCGCAGCCUGCGGCAAAGCCUUCGGGAACAGCCUCUUCCACAUGGAGGACGGGGAGCCGUACUGCGAGAAAGAUUACGUCGCACUCUUCAGCACUAAGUGUCAUGGCUGCGACUUCCCCGUCGAAGCUGGCGAUAAGUUCAUCGAGGCUCUGGGCCACACCUGGCACGACACCUGCUUCGUCUGUGCGGUUUGCCACGUGAACCUCGAGGGCCAGCCUUUCUACUCCAAGAAAGACAAACCUCUGUGCAAGAAGCACGCUCACGCCAUCAACGUGUAGCCACGCCGCCGCCGCCGCCGCCGCCGCCCACCGCCAGCCGACAGACGACGACUUCUACAGACGAGUGUGAACAUGACGCUUUGGGCUGAGACUUUUCUGUUUGUGCGAUGAUGUUGAAAAGGGCGCCCCCUGGUGAUUCUGCCUCAGAGACCUGUCGUCCAUCCGACCACCUCAUUAUGUCCUCUGGUGUCUCUUGUCCCAGUGUCUUUCACAGGAUGUGACCGCUGGGCUGUUCAGGUCACAAAUGGAGUCUGCAGAUUUGAAACCAAAUCUGAUUUUUCUCUUAGCUUAUUCUGUCUUUAAGCGUUAAAUAACAAAGUAAAAUGUUUUCGGUUCAUUUUACGGUUCCACUUUGGUGUGAAAUUAUUAUUUAACUUCUUAAAGACACAAAAUAAGGAAACAGACUUUUUACCUGCAGGAUUUAAUGGAAUUUUUAUCGAUGCUACAAAAAAUGUCACUUUUAGUUUGGGGAUUUUUUUCUGUGAGAUUUUAAUUUGGAUUUUCUUUAGUUCAAAUGCAUUCAUUUAAGAUCAAGUGCUUAAACCCUGAAAACUAAUUAUUCCAGUGACACACUCAGGACUCCAUUGUGUCUGCACGGCUGUGGAGAGUCAUCGUCUUCAUCGUCUUCAUCGUCAUCAUCAUCAUCGCUGUCGUCGUCGUCAUGUGUUGCUGUCCUUGUGCCUGUUUUGAUUUUGACUUGUUUAGCUCUCUUGAAUGCUAUCUUACCUUUUCCUUCACUUCCUUCCUUCACUAAAAAACAUUUUAAUGGCGUUUGUUUCGGUGUAAAAUAUUUCACCUGCAGACACCAAAUCAGCUUCAGAGCCACAAACCGAACAGCGAAGCUUCACUUUUAUGUUUGAAAGUCACGAGAACUGUUUGAAUUUCCUGUUUUGUUUUUGUCUCUGCUGUCGCUCCCGGCCCAGUCCUGAAAGCAGUCCAGGCAGACGUGGUCCUGGUCUGGACUGACGUGGCCCGGCUGUGUGACUGCGGGCUGGACAGCAGAGCAGCGGCUUUUCUGAAGUGAGUCUAACACGAAUGUUUCCGAAAACGCAGACGCUCGGCGCCGGCAGGCGGGAAAACAACUCGAAGUGUACAGUGAAACUGAACGCAAGUUAGGCAUCAGAAAACUGGUUUAAAGGUAGUUACUGAACAGGUCUACCAGGUGCAGGACAGGACCAGAAUCCCUGCCUCAAAUAGCUGUUGGCCAGUGAGAACACUGAGACUCAAGCGACUACCAGGAGACCCAAAAUGAGCACAAAAACAUGAGACUCAAAGUGCUGAAAGUCUUUUCACGCCAACGUGCGGCGUGACUGCAGUAUCUCAGUGUACUGGGAGUUGUUUUCCAGGUGAACCUGCUCAGGUGAGGCUGCUGCAGGGUGGAGUGUAGCUACUAAUCGUGUUACUAUGCAACAAAUAACCGUGAAUUUAUUUAUUGCCUACUCUGACUGUGUGAUAUUUGUUUAAAAGCUAAUAUAUCAUCACUGCUGCGUUCAGUGUGCGUCUGAUUUUUGGCUGUUUGGUUUGUUUGUGGAUGUUUUGGCAGCACAAGACGUAUUGUGAGUGCUGGUGGAUUUUUUUUAAUGACUGUUAACGUUACGGUGAUGUUUUUCACUACGAGGACACUUAGAGGCUCCGUUCACACUGCAGGCCUUCAGACUUCAUAACUACUGCAGGAUGGUGUGAAGUCAACAUGUUGUCCCUCUUUGGGGCCAAUUAGUGCAACAGAAAUGGCCCUUUAUUGUUUUUUAUGGGCUGAGACACAAAAUUUACUUGUAAAACUUGUAACCUGUAAACCUGUGGCAACUUUUUGUCCAGCUGAAACAAGCUGCCUUCUGAGAGCAGAACUGGAGGUGUUUCCCAUUCACUUCAGUGCACACAGCAUAUUUUUAGCAGCAUCUGGUGGCCAUUAGAAGAACUGCAGCCUGACCCACGUCAGACUCGCUGCAGUGUGAGCACGUCCUGCGGUGUUGAAGCAUCGGAUCUGACGUGUCUGCAGCGUGAACUCGGACACACUGAGAGCAGGUCGGCUGUGCCUUUGGGCCGCUCUGCCACCCCGCUGAGGUCCGGCACGCAGUCGUGCUGCUGCUGCUGCUGUACAGUUUUUACUUUACAUAUUUUAUACGGUUUGUGUGUUUUUCUCAGAGUGAAUGUGUGCAUGCAGAACGUUUGUCACAGCAUGUCGGACGAGGCCGAAACAUUACUGAUGUCACAUUAUGACUGACGGCUGGAGAGAAGCUGAGGGAACGCGGGGACUGGAGGACAAUCAGCUGCUUUACUACGUUUGUUGAACAGGUUUUAAGUACUGGAAGAUUCUGUGUUGUGAGUUGAAUAAACUGAGCACUUUUUGUCUUUCA